AUGGCUGUCAUCGGAGAACGCCGCGCCAAGUUCUCCCCGGGGCUUCUCCCCCUGCUCGUCCUCGCAUUGCUGCUCCAGGCGCCCUCCGCGUCCGCCCGCCGCUGGGAUGGAAGCUCGACGGAAGACGUAAAGGUGCCAUGGAUCGGGACAUCUGCGCUUGCCGUCUUUGCAAAUGCCACGGGGUACUGGAAUGCACACUGUGCCGUGGAUAACCCAUCUGUUACCGGCGGCACCAGCGCGCAGGCAAGCGCGCAUGCAAGCACGGUCGGUCAUGCGGACACUCCAAUGAUUGACCGGUUUCUCGAACGCCAUCCCGCUCCAGUCUACUACGACCGUACGAGAAAAGGCAGCACCGACUUGAAUGUCGAGAUUGCGUCGCUUUCUGCUGCAGCAGCAGGACUGACUGUAAAGAGGAUUUCACCAACGACUGAUAAUUUUCUGGUAUACCUGGUGGGCGGCAACACGGCUGUGAUCUGGAUUCACCAGUUCAGUCCCAGCGACGCGGUAACGCAGGCGUUGAAGGCGAAAAAGAUCGAUGAGGAGCAGUAUAUGAUCACAGAGUACCCUGUUCUCAACUCAUCUUUCACCUCACAUUUUAUCCUUAUCACUUUCCCACCCUUCCGCUACUUGCCAUUUCCCCCAUCCCUCUUUCCAUGUCUCUUCCCCGUGCGUUCAUCCGGCGCCUCUCAGAUCAUCAUAGACGUGCGUGGCAACGGUGGCGGGCGGUCCCACCGCAGCAGCAACGCUCAUGUGCCCCCCCAUGCUCCCCCCCCUCCCGUCCCCCCGUCCCCCCGUUCCCCCUCUCCCUCCAGAUCCGGCGCCUCUCAAAUCAUCCUAGACGUGCGGGGCAACGGUGGCGGCUCCGUUCUUGCCGCAUACACAGCCAUCCGUCUCCUCAUGGGGGCAGCCAAGGUCCCCGACUCUGCCUUCGCCAUGCCGAUGGAUUUCAUCAUCGGUACCCAGUACACUGAGAAUGCCAUGAGCGCGCUCUCACUCGACCCAUCCAUGCUCUACUGCUUUAAUCCAUAUGUUGACCUCAAUGGCACCGACCUCUCCAGCGUCUUUAGCUACGCUCCUUUCCGCGAGCUCCGCUUCACAAAAGCCGGCCCUGUUGGGAACUACUCGGCGCCGUUCAAGAAGAAUAGCAAGUUUUCAGGGAAGGGGCAGCAGCCGGUGUUUGGGGACCGGCCCUUCCUGGUCCUGUCGGACGGAAACUGCUUCUCCGCCUGCUCCAUCCUCACGCACGUCCUGGGGAAACGCCACAAAGUGCCCAUGGUAACCGUGGGUGGUUUGCCCAACCAGCCCCCUGAUGUGGGCUCCUCGUGCCUCGGGUUUACUAUUCCUGACAUCUAUGCGAUGGCACCAGGCCUCAGCAAUCUCGCUGCCUUAGUGCCAAAGAUGGCGUCGCUACCUCUCAAGGUGAAAGGGUCGGUUGGCAUGGCAUUUACCAACGGGUAUGUGGAUUCGGAGAUUCCGUGCGAGUUUGAGUUUCUGCCCAGCCAGCAUCACAUCAACUACACCGUUGAUCUCAUUGACAAGCCCUGGGCCAUUUGGAGUGAGGUGGCCAAGCUCUUUGCCUCCCCUGCUGCCUAG